GGGUAGCGCCAGCCGUGUGGAUUGAUGAGGAAACGCAUAGAGGCGCAACUUUCUGGGUUAGCGAUGGAGAUGGUGGGGGAGCUACAACAUGGAGAAACACCUUUUGACACUGAUGACGACGUUUGGCAUGUAGAGGAUGGUGGGCAAGAUGAGGACGACAUGGUCAAAUACUUUGCAAAUCUUCAUGCGGUCUACGUGGAUGGAGAAACGUUUUUUGAUGACGACGUUUGGCAUGAAGAGGAGGGUGGGCAAGAUGAGGACGAUGUGGUCGAUCACUUUGCAAAUAUCAGCGCAGUCUAUGUGGAUGCGGUAAUCGAUGAUGGUGAGCAGGAUGAAGAAAACGUCGUUGGAUAUUAUGUAACUAACGCUGCAGUAUGUGAGGAGCACGGAAUUGGUGAGCAGGAUGAACGUGACGUCGUCGAUUACUAUGCAAUUAUCAGUCCAGCAUGUGAGGAGUGUGAAUCAGAAAGUGAUUAUCAGGGCGGCGAUUGAAAAUAUGCCCUUGGUGAUGCAGGUGGGUGGGACGUGGAGUCGGGGCUGAUGGAAACGGCGGCAGCAGUGGCGACGUCAAGUUGUCAACAGACCACACGAUAAAGAUUGCAAUAACGA